AUGCGGCUGCAGCAGCUCGUCCGCGGCGCCCUGGACGCGCUCAUACUCGCAUCUCAGACCGCUGCUGCACCGAGCGCAACGCCGACGGUCCCAGCAGAGCUGGCCCACGCCUGCUUGCAGAGUAUUCCGCUGAACGUGUCGGCGGCGCUGGCGCUGCUGGAGGCCGUAAAGCCGUAUCUGGAGUGGCAGUCGACGACGGCGUAUUUGAAGGAUCCGCCGGGCGAGUAUACGGAGAAGGUGCAGGAGGGGGUGGAUGUUUGGGGGGGCUUGGAGGGGAUUGCGGAGGCUGUGAAGCGGGGGGAGGUGCGGGGGGAGUGGGAGUUUGGAUGGAGCCUCUACUCGCUCCUGCAGUCGACGCACGACGGGCACUUGGUGUACGUGCCGGACUCGGUGGGCGGGAUCUUCAACUUCGGGCGCCCGCUGCCGCUGGUAUCGGUGUCGUCGGACGGGUUCAGCCUGCCUCAGGCGUACGCCUACCCGGACAUUCUCGCCGCCUCGUUGGGCAAUGCCUCGUUCACGCCGUCGCACAUUGUGCAGAUUGACGGCGAGGACGCGGCGGCGUGGCUCGAGAAGUGGAGCCAGUAUGGCUCGCUGCAGGACCGCGACGCGCUGUACAACAACGUGUUUUACGAGCUGGCGAUUGUGGCGCUGGGGACGACGAGCGCGGGCAUGGGGACGUUUACUGGUGGGGGCCGUGGCCGCUGGGUCUAUCCCGGCGCGACGACGGAGCUGACAUUCGCCAACGGGUCGACGCACACGACGCAGAACUUUGCCAAGGUGCUGACGUCCUUUGACGGGAUCCGCACCGGCGCCGACAUCUACCGCAAGUACUUCACCCUGCCCGCGGAUGUGUCGUUCCACAACGGCGAGGAGCAGCAGUCGCCAACAACGACUGCCACAGCCACGAGCAGCACGUCGACGAGCUCCGCGUCCACAACGACCAGCACGCCUGCGCCGGGCUACCCCUCCCCCGUGAUCCGGCACGAGAACAACCUCAUCGGGGGCUACUUCCUCUCGGGCGCCGAGUACGCCGACGUGGCCGUGCUGAACGUAGCCUCGUUCGUGGGCAGCGACAGCGCCGAGCUCAGCUUCAAAGCGACGAGCCAGCAGUUCCUAGCGCAGGCCAAGGCAGCGGGGAAGACGAAGCUGAUUGUGGACGUGAGCGCGAACGGCGGCGGCACCAUCCUGCAGGGCUACGACCUGUUCAAGCAGCUGUUCCCGCAGCUUGACGCGUUUGCGGCCGCGGACCGGACGCGCGCGUUCGAGGCGCUGGAUUUGCUUGGGCAGAAGUUUUCCGAGGUUGCGGGGACGGUGCCCAGGACGCUGGAGGUGGGCGAGAACGAGACGCUGUUUGAGCUUGAGGCGGAUGUCGUGAGCAGUAGCCUCAACUACCGCACUGACCUCACGCCGUCAGGCCAGCCCUUCAGCUCCUGGGCCGAGAAAUACAGCCCGCACACUGACACGCAGCACAACGACAGCUUCAGCAGUCCUUUCCGGUGGAACCUCAGCGACGUGCUGACGCCGCUCAACAGCGGCGGCAUCUGGGUGACGGGGUACGGGGAGGAAGCCGGGGCUGCGAAUGCGACAGCGCCGUUUGAGCCGCACAACGUGCUCGUCAUGACGGACGGGUACUGCGCGUCGACGUGCACGAUUUUCUCGCGGCUGAUGAGGGAGCUGGCGGGAGUGCGGCACGUGGCUGUUGGGGGACGGGCGAGGCAAGGCGCUAUGCAGGCGGUGGGCGGGGUCAAGGGGACAAACGACUGGGGCUGGAGCACGAUCCAGUCGCUCGUCUCGCUCGCGUACUCGCUCUCGACGCCCGCGCAACAAGCGCACUACAACGCGACGUCGCUGGCGCGCUACAACGACCAGACGCCCUUCCUGCGCGCCGCCAACAACACGUCCUUCAACAUCAACUUCCGGGACGGGAUUGCCAUUGACGACGUUGCAGCGCAGAGUCCGACGCCCCUGCAGUUCGUGUACGAGAAGGCCGACUGUCGCGUCUUCUGGACCGCGGCCAUGACGCUCGACUCGGCGUGGGGGGAGAGGAGCUGGUGCGUGGAUGGGGGGUUGGGUGCUGGGGGUGGGAAUGCGACGGUGGGGAGGGGGAGAGCGGUUGCGGGCGUGCAGUCGGAGGGGGUGGAGAGGCGGGCGCAGACGGUGCCGGAGUCGGCGAGGCUGCAGGACUAUCCGCUGGAUCUGUGGACGGAUGUGCGGGCGGGGGUGGAGCGGGGGGAUGGCCUAAUGGCUAUUUAG